UUUUUGACGUCACACUCUUUGAGCUUGCUGGUCAAAAACACCACCCACAGCGCUGUUUGCAGGUUGAACAUUUGGCUGUCCUUUUAUUGCACCAUGUCCAUGCCAUACGCCGUUGCCCACUUGGCCGUCACCACAGCAAAGUCAAAGUCUCCAGCAGAAGCAACAUCUCGAGCAUUGUCUCUUUACAGACAAUGGCAAAAAUCUGUUCCUGAGAUCAUGACGCUUUAUCAACUCAACAUUCCAUCAUCGGCAGUCCGUGCUAAGAUCCGCGAAGAAUUUGAAAAGAACCGUUACGUAGAAGACCUUUCCGUUCGCGACAUUCUCCUGUUCAAGGGACAGACCGAAUACCAGGAAACUUUGAACCUGUGGAAGCAGGAAACUCACGUCAUGCGCUACUUUGCCAAGGAAGAAGCCGCCCCUGUCCCAACUGCUUUCUUGGACAAGUUCUACGAAGGAAGGAUGUAAAUUGAUUUUUCUGUUUUAAUUGAAGAAAAUAUGCAG